AUGAAGCAUCUUCAUGAAAUGAAAACUGGUGUCAAACCACAUUUCUUCAAAUAUGAUAAAAAUCGGAUCACUUAUACCCUCUGGAAUGCGAUUGAACAGGAAUACUCUGUCUCAAAAACACAGUUACACUGUGAGGCAGUUCUGAAAUUCAUGUCACUUGGUGACACACAGGUCACCAAUCUACACACAUUCUUUGAUAAGUUCUGGUCCGUCAUCAUGAAGUUGGAGAUGUUGAAUGCUUCCCCACCAGAUGCAUGGAUAUUUGAUACUUUUUAUUCAGUCCUACCCAACAAUUGGAGGGAUUAUGUUCAGAAGAAGAUAGAGGAGAUACAGGAUUCCAAAUCCACAGCUGUGGUAUUGGAUGUUGAUCUUCUCAUGGAGGAGAUCCGCUCGCGGCUUGAUCCUUCAAAAGAUAAAAAGAAUCUACAGAAUACAGAUUCUGCGGCCAACACUGCUACAACAGCUAUGACAGCUACAACGCACAACUCAAAGGUCCUACCCAAUGCAGCCUGUAAAUCGGCUGCGGUGAUUCCUUCGGCAACACCAGGCCUACCCGCUGCAACAAUUCCUGCAACAAUUCCUUCAGUGAUUCCUGAUCCAUCAAUUGAUGAUCUGUUCAUUGAUGAGGAAAUCCAACCUGAGUGUCCAUUAUUUCUCAUACCUACUAAUAAUUGGUGGAUAGACUAUGAUAUCUUCACGAGAAUACCUACCCUUUUAGUGCAGAAUACACUGAACUUCCCAAAACCCAUAGUUGAAUCUGAUGAUCCUCCGACAUCUACAAGGGAUAUCACUACAGUGGGGGAAGCUUCAGUGAGAGACAGUCUUGAAGACCUACUCAUCGAUCCUGAGAUCACUGCACUUCCGAUCCCGAAAAACCUCACACGCGCCAAAGCUUCCAUGGAAUGGAAAUAUUAUUACAAGGCCUGUGUUAAAGAGGUCAACUGUUUGAAAUAUACACAUUUUCCAGUCAUUUUUUGUACCUGUACUUGAUUUGAAGGCGAAUUUUGUAUAUAGCAUCGUGUAUAGUUACUCUGGUGAGUGGGGGUGUCAGGUCACAUGAUCUGGCUUACUAAUCCUUCCACCAUAUAACUUUUCAC